CUCUUCCUUUCCCCCCUCUUUGCUCAACGAUGACAGCGGCUGACGGCAAUGAAAUGCCCGUCAACAACGUCGCUGAUCAACCACCUGCAGCAUGGAGGUCACUGCCCUUCUUCCAGUCAUUGCCCGUCUCAGCUCCGUCAUCUUCAUUAGCCUCGCAGCGCAUCCUCGCCAUCAAGAAGCUCACAAACUGGCCGAGGGGCAUACAAGAUGAUUCGAGAACCAAGGACUCUGUCACGGCCCCCUACCUCGUCAUACUCAAGUCCGGAGAUAUCACUGUUGUAGAUUCGACGACCUUCGCCCCGCUCACGUCGUCGUUCGCCUCGCUCUCUGGCGCUCAUGGCUCACUCACUCACGCCCACUUCGACACCGCCUCUUCCCGCUUCAUCCUCCUCAGUGAAGAUGAUGGAGCAGCUGGGACUAGCGCAAAUGCCAAUCUGCCGUUGAUGCGCAUUUGGGACGUAUCAGAUCCUCGCAGCAAACAAUGGCGCCCACGCCUACUCGCUGAAACUCGUAUCCAGCAUGGCCGCACUUCGUUCCCCGUAGCUGCACUCGCCUCGACGCCUGGCUUGACCUACCUGGCUUGCUCUCUCUCCAAUGGUGCUGUGCUACUGCUACGUAAUCUCUCGGCUGUGCUGGACGCAGCGCCGUCCAACGCCCCAACCGCAGCGAUGCCCAAGUUCAAGGUAGUCAUGCAGCCUGCUUCGUCGUCUGAAAAGGAACCAGUCGAGCCAGUCACAGCUCUGGCCUUUUCCUCCAUCGACUCGCCGGCUACGCUGCACCUCUUCAUCGCCAAUCUGUCCAAGGUCACGAGAUAUACUGUUCUCGGCAAAGGAGCUGGCAGCCCUGCCAUCACUCUGGAUCACGUCGGAGCUCCUCUGGACUGUUCUGCUUUGGUCCCAGCUCGGGGAGACGAGACGCCAGAGUCGAAGCUUCUCAUCGCUCGCCCAGAGGCAAUCUAUGUCAUCGGCUCGAAUGGUCGCGAAGCAUGCUACGCACACGAGGGCCAGAAAGCAAAAGUCUUCCUUCUCCCAGCGUCGUUGCAGCUAGUCAUCCUCUCACCGCCGGUCGCGGCAAAGACGACAGCUGCUCGGACCAGUGCGCCAGACACGACAGAGGUCGCCAUCUUCGAUCUGCAGGGCAAGUUCUUGUCAUAUCAAGGCUCAGUGCUAGGCGCUAUCCAAGCCGUCUUCUCAGACCCGACUACCUUUGACGGCCGCGAGGACGUCUAUGUCCUCACCGACGCUGACAAUCUGCAUCGCCUCGAGGAGCGACCAUUGCGCGAGAAGCUCGACCUACUCUACAGUCGCAGCCUCUUUGUUCUCGCUGCUCAAGUCGCUCGCUCACACUUCGCGAGCGCUCACACUGACAGCCCCGACGCUACAACACAACUCAAUGCCCUUCUUGCCGAGAUCUGGAUCAAGCAUGGCGAUCAUCUCUACGAGAAGGGAGACUACGAAGGGAGCAUGAAGAUGGGCUAUCUCAAGUCGGUCCCCGCGACCGCAGCAUCAGGCUCGAGAAGAGUGCCGGGCAGCGUCAGGAAGAGUCUGGGGGAGAGCUACAUCAUUCGUCGCUUUCUCGACGCGCAAAGGAUCCCGCUUCUCACUCUCUACCUACAAGAGCUACAUCGCAGAGGGCUAGCAAAUCCAGACCAUACGACACUCCUGCUCAACUGUUUCACCAAGAUGCGUGACACCGAGGCUCUGGAUCGUUUCAUCCGCCGUUCACACGUAAUCAGCAAUGGCGCAGACGACGGCGACGACGAGGACGACUAUGGCUCAAUAGUGAGCGACGUCGAUGACGAGGCGCAUCAAGAUCGCCUGCCCUUCGACCUCGCCACGGCAAUUAAAGUGUGCCGGUCAGCCAACUACUUUGCGCAAGCCUCAUACCUGGCCAAGAAGUUUGACCUUGGCGCCGAGUAUCUGCGCAUCAAGAUCGAGGACACCAACUCGCCGCUAGAGGCACUCGAUUGGCUGCGUUCCCGGGACGCCGCCGAUGUCGAUGCGCAGCUGCGACUGUACGCAGGGUUGCUUCUUGCUGGAGGCGAUGAGGCAGAAGAGGCGACCACGGACCUCCUCGUCGAGCUUUGCUCCGGGGCCUACCGACCGCGAGUCUCUAACUCGACAGCAGCCAUCGAGCAGGCAGCGCGCGCAGCAGCAAGGGGCGAGACGGCGGCCAAGAACGACGGCGCAGGCGUUCUGGGCUACUUGAAAGGAGGGGGCGGAUCAGUCAAGUCCGCGUCAGGCAAGCCGUUUGUCAUUCCCGGCGUCGACGAGGAAUUGCCAGCUGAGGAAGAGAACGCGGGCCCUGCAUACGACAUUCCAUCACCCCGCACCUUCUUCCCUUACUUCCUGCGCUUCACGCCGUCAUUCAGGCGAUUCCUGGAGACUGUCGCUCUGGCGCGGUGGGCGCAGUCAAUCGCUGACGAGGCGCCGGAGGACUUGGAAGAGUCCACAGGCAGCGCCUAUGAGCAGGAGGCUGGUGACGACAACAAUGAAGACGACGACGACGACGACGACGACGACGACGUCCGAGAGCAAAAGUCGAUUUGGAACACUCUUUUCGAGAUCUAUCUCCAAUCGAGCGACCAAGAGGACCAUAGCAGGGCGGUCCGCCUGCUGCGACAGCACAAGACGCUGCCGUACGACGUUGCCCACACUCUUGUCCUGUGCGAGCAAGCCAGUUUCAUACAGGGCGUCGUCAUCCUCUAUGAGCGCAUGGGUAUGUUCGAGGAUGUAGUUCGCCUGUGGAUGGACCGUGCUCACGAGGAGCUAGCGCGAGGUGAUACGCCGGAGUCGGCAGAAGAAGUACUCGCCGCUCUCAAGCGAUACGGUCACAUCGACGACGAUUCAUCCUCCUCGGCCUCCUCUUUGCACUCGCUCGUCCUCUCUUUCCUCGUCUCUCACCCGGUCUUGCUGUCGCGACAUCGCGGCGAUGUCGAGUCAUUGCUCCUACACAUCGAGGACAGGCGAAUCAUGAGCACAUUGGAGCUCGUGGACCUCUUGAGCAAGAGCGGUCCUCACGCAGACAUCGGUCUCGUCAAGUCAUUCCUGCAGCGCACCGUCGCAGAGGAGACUAGCGAGAUGGAGGCCGACGAGAGAUUGAUUGCUUCGUACCGCGGCGAAGCUCGAGCCAAGACGAAGGAGAUAGCCGACCUGUCAGCGGCGAGUGGAGAGCCGCGAGUCUUCCAGUCCAACCGAUGUCAUGCGUGUGGUGGGCAGAUUGACCUGCCAGCCGUUCACUUCAUGUGCAAGCACUCGUAUCACGCGAGGUGUCUAGGUGAAAAGGAGAAUGAGUGCCCUUCAUGCGCACGCAGCUUCGGCGUCAUCAGGGAGAUUCGGACCAACAAUGCGGAGCUAGCCUCGAGGCAUGAUCUCUUUCUGCAAGAGCUCGAUGAGGCCGAUGACCCAUUCGAGACGAUUGCGAGCAUGUUCAGUCGUGGCAUCUUUACCAAGGUUGCUCUCCAGCGGUAGACUAGCGCCCCUCCUCUGCUCAGCCUCCAAGGCACAAUCUCGA